AUGGACCAGUGUUUCAGUGGGUCUCCCUCUUUCUGGAAGAAGUACGGACCAUCCGAGAAUACUGUUCGUGGGAUUGUCAUCGGAGGAAUCACUGGAGGGAUUGAAAUUUGCAUCACAUUUCCCACCGAGUAUGUGAAGACACAGUUGCAGCUCGACGAGAAAUCCGCAAAACCAAAGUUCAAAGGACCUAUUGAUUGUCUGAAACAAACGGUUAAGUGCCAUGGCUUUUUUGGUCUUUAUAGAGGACUCUCAGUUCUAUUAUAUGGUUCGAUUCCCAAGUCUUCGUUCAGAUUUGGGACUUUUGAAUUCCUGAAAGGCAAGGCGAUUGAUGAAAAAGGAAGUCUGACUCCAAUGAUGCGUCUUGCCUGUGGUCUUGGUGCUGGCAUAUCGGAAGCAGUUUUCGCUGUCACACCCAUGGAGACGAUAAAGGUGAAAUUUAUUCACGAUCAAGGACUUCCGAAUCCCAGGUAUAAGGGAUUCCUCCAUGGAGUCGGCUGUAUAGUCAAAGAGCAUGGAAUAGGAGGUAUAUACAAAGGUGUAACAGCAACAAUGGCAAAGCAAGGUUCAAAUCAAGCUAUACGAUUUUUCGUUAUGGAAACUUUGAAGGAUUGGUAUCGUGGUGGUGAUAAUACGAAGCCAAUAUCGAAGCCAGUUGUUGGUUUAAUGGGUGCUACAGCAGGUCUUUGUUCUGUCUACGGAAAUACUCCUAUUGACGUGGUGAAAACUAGGAUGCAGGGUCUGGACUCGCAUAAGUACAAGAACUCCAUUGAUUGUGCCGUGCAAAUAUGGAAAAAAGAGGGUUUCUUUGCGUUCUACAAAGGAACUGUACCGCGACUGAGUCGAGUCGUCCUUGAUGUUGCAAUAACAUUUAUGAUUUACGAUUCAAUAAUAGACUUCCUUAACGUUUACUGGAGGAGGCCUGUUAACUAG